AUGAGGGUUGCUAACAUUACUGGCUAUGUAAGGACCGCCAAACCUUAUUGGUUAUGUGAAGGCUGCCAAACUUACUGCUUAUCCCGCCUGCACGUCGCCCUCAAGGAAUCCGAGAAGAAGAAGGCGAGGCCGAGCUCCGAGGAUCUAACGAGCCUGCGUGACGUGGAGGAUAAGCUCGAGCGGGAGAGGGAGAGGAACGAGGAGCUCACUCGCCAGCUCAAGGAGGAGAGGGAGAAGCAGGACAAAGCUUACGGAAACAAGAGAAAAACAGCAGGCGAGGAUGACAUCAGACGCUACGAGGAGAGGGUCGAGUCCCUCAAGAAGGAGCUGGCGAAGGAGAAGGAGCGAUACGACGACCUCAAGGCCAAGGUCGGCGACGGCAAGACGGUCGGCUUCGAGGAGCUGCGGUCAGCCCAGUCCGAGAAGCACAGACUUCAGAAGGAGCUGUCGACGGCGCAGCAGACGACGGAGGUGCUGGAGAAGAAGCUCAAGGAAGCGGAGGAGAACGUCAGGCUGGCGGAGAAGGCGGAGAGGAAAUCGAAAUACGUGUUGGAACAGCUCGAGUCAAAGCUGGAGGAAGAGAAGAACAGCCUGACCGCGGCCGAGGAACGCCAGAAGGAAAUGACCAUGUCUUGGCUGAAGGAGCGGGAGGACCUCAAGAAGGAGAUCACGGAGGCCAAGAAGACCAAGGAGAAGGCGGAGAGGGAGCUCCGCACGGCCAAGAAAUCGCGCGACCAGAUGGAAACCAUGAUGGAGGAUGAGAAGAGACGCACGGAAGACAUCUCGGCGUCCAAGAAGAAGGACGCUGACGAGAUUAAGAGGCUGAAGGCGGACAAGGAGGGAUUGUCACGCGAGGUCGAUGAGCUGAAGGAUGCUGUCAACAAGCUCGAGAAGUCAAAGGACAACGUGAACUACAAGCAAAAGAGAGAAAUGGAGAACUUACGAAAGGAGAAGGAGGACCUUGAGAUCCGCAUGAACACCUUGGAGAGUGAGCUCAAGUCGGAGCAGAAGCGGCGCGAGAGGCUGGAGAAGGACUCGGAGAGGGGCAGCUCAGUUGUUGGCUAUGCUGCAAGAAAGUCCGAGACCGAAGCUAAGAAACUGAAGACCGAGCUGGAGAAUGUUAAGAAGGAGUAUGACGAGAAGAUCAAAGAACUGGAAACACAGAUGAAGAAGGAAAAAGCGGGUCGUGAAGAACUCCAGAGCAAAUACGACCUCUUGGAGGAAGAUUACGUCGUGCAGAAAGCUCAGAUGACGGUCGGCCUUGAGGAUGAUUACCAAGCCCUCAAGAAGGACCAUGACACGAUAGAGAUCGAACUGAAGACGUUGCGGGAAACCUACAACUUGAGACAAGACACUUGGAUCAAGGAGAAGCUCGACAUGCAGGAGCAACUCAAAGACCUGGAGAAUCGUCUCAACAAGGUGUCCAUCGACCCGACGUCGUACUCGGAGAAAAAGCGACUCAAGGACAUUAUCGAGGACAAGAACCAGCAGAUCGAAAAACUGAGGCGCGACGUCGACAGCGUCAAAGACCAGUCGUCCUUCUACAGGAGAGAGUCCGAGGAGCUUCGUCGUAAAGUGGACGACCUUGAGAAGCUGAGCGAGCUGAACGAGAGGCGGUCGACCUCGCUCAGCUCGGCAGACAAAACAUCCUUUGACACCACCAUCAGGGAACUGAGAUCGAGACUCUCAGCCUCGGAGAAGAACCACAAGACCGAGCUGACGAAGAUCAAGAUGAAGUACGACUCGAAACUCAAGGCCAUGACCGAGGAAGUGUCCACCCUGACGCAGCACAUGACCAAGUACAGGAGGGAGAGGGACACCUACAAGGAGAUGUUAGACGGAGCGCAGAGGAACAUCGCGGAACUGAAGGGGAACGUCACGUACAGGACGUCGCGGGCUGACAACGCAACGGAGAUCGCGGCGGUCCAGCGUGUGGCCGACCUCAAGGGUGUGUCGCCAGCACCAGAAUGGGCUCUUGGGCACGGACACUUGAAGGCACUGAACCUCGCACUCUGCCUUUAG